AUGUUCUUCAUCGACCCGCAAACGGUCGGCUGUUGCGCCAUCGGCUGCUGCGGCGUCGCCGCUGCCAGCUACGUGUCGAACAAUCUCGCCAAGAUACCGCACCCGUCGGAAUGCGGUUGCAUUGGCAGCCUGUAUCGCAUCACAGGGCUGCACAGUCACGACUCCUUCGACUUCAUUCUGGAGAUUCAUGAGGCCGUUGGCGGCGUCGGCUCAGGCAACUACUUCUUCGAGGUCGAGGCCGGUCGGAUGAAAUACCGCACGCAGACACUUCCCGCGAAAGAUGGUCAGCUGCAAGUGCAUGAGAAGCUGAAGGUACACGUGCGACAGUGUGACGACACUGUCGUCGUGAAUCUCUACAGAAGCCAGCUUUUGAGGUCGGACCAAUGCGGUGAACUGAAGUUUUCAGUGGAGCAAGACCUCAUGGCUCCCAAGCCGGCCAAGAGGCGCUGGUUCACCAUGGUGCACCAGAAUCGCACGGCUACACGUGUCAAGGUCUCGAUAUACUGCAUGAGCGACGAGAUGGCGUCCCGGAAUCUAUCAGCUCUGACGUUGCAGGCCAUUGUGGAGUCGCAGCAAGACGGCUCCAACCUAGAGGAGGAGCUCGUCGAGGAGCUGGAGAACAUGGACGACUAUGCGAAGCUCAGGUUCUACUCCAAGGUGUUAUCAGGGCCGCUCAAGAAAAUGAACACCUUCGGCCAGAAGUGGACGACGUACUAUUUCAAGCCGCUGGAAAUAUCGGCGGGCAACUGGGAGUGGUGCGUAUGGAACUCCAUCGAAGACUACAACGCUGGCUUAGAAGCCAUCGAGGCAUACCCGUUUCUCGCAAUGAGCGUUGUAUUGGCGGAUCCGACAAACGCAGCGUGCUUCUACGUGAAGUAUCAUAAGGAUGGGAACGACUUCGGGAUCCUCCUAAAGCGGAUCGACAGAAACAGGGACCUUUGGUCAGAUUCGCUCUACGAAUUUAUCGAGAAGACACGAGAGGUCUACUUCAGGACACCGAACAAAGAAAGAAUCAAAAUAUCGCACAAAAAAAUAAAGCGGUGUAAGGACCUCGAGGUGUUUUGCCAGCAGUCGACCGACGAUGAAAAGCGGACCGAGCUAAAGGCAAAAUUAGCGCUAAGCAAACGGCUCACGAGCCCUAUGGAAAGGGCCGAGGCGAACGAAGAAACAAAAUUGCCGGAUGCGAUCGCAAAGAUGGCGCUGAACAUGUACGUCGAGGAAUGUAACGCGGGAGACGCCUAG